AUGCAUCCCAAAACAAGGAUACCCACUACCGGUAAAACUGCCGGUAGCAAACCCGCCGAAAGUGCCGAUGAUGAAGUCGAUAAUACUCCUGCUACUGCCCAGAGCGCUACCGAUGGCACUGCUGAAAAGGCUGAUGAUGCUGCCGCUAAAGCUGCAUCCACCAGUACUCCUGCCCCCUAA